CCUGUGUGUGUGUGUGUGUGUGUGUGUGUGUGUGUGUGUGUGUGUGUGUGUGUGUGUGUGUGUGUGUGUGUGUGUGUGUGUGUGUGUGUGUGUGUGUGUGUGUGUGUGUGUGACUGUGUGUGUGACUGUGUGUGUGUGUGUGUGUGUGUGUGUGUGUGUGUGUGUGGGGUGCAGACAUGGGGAGGUAUUUCCACAGCGAGGUCGAUAUUAAGAGUCCUUGGCACCAGGUGUUAGCAGCCUUCUGGCAGCGCUACCCUAACCCAUACAGCACCCACGUUCUCACCGAGGACGUCCUGUAUCGUGAGGUCACCCCCAGCAACCAACUGUUGUCACGGCGACUGCUGACCAAAACCAACCGGCUGCCGAGCUGGGCAGAGCGUUUGUUCCCUGCGCACAUGGCCCGGGCUGUCUACGUCCUGGAGGACUCCAUCGUGGACCCGCAAGCGCACACUCUCACCACCAAGACAUGGAACCUGAACCACAACAGACUGAUGACUGUGGUGGAGCAAUGUUUGUUCGAGGAAGACCACAGUCGGCCAUCUUGGACCAAACUGAGGAGGGAGGCCUGGAUCCUUUCGGCGGUGUACGGCCUGGCUCGGCCCAUACAGGAGUUUGGUGUUGCCAGGUUUAAAAGUAACCAAGUCAAAGCCAUGAAGGGGCUGGAGUACGCUCUCUCCAAAAUACAGGCUGAGGCCCCGCCUCAUCUCCAUGGAGACCAGGGAGAGUCGUCAGAGAAGCACAAGCCCCUCCCACCACAGGCCACGCCCACACCUAACCAGAAGCCGGAGCAAUUUGUCUGAACUCACUCUGCUUAUUUAAACAUUUAUAACUGAUGGGGCGGGGCUUGGAGUCAACAUCAGCUGGGAUUGGUCACAUGAUGUCAGUCAUCAAAGGACAAAAGUCAUUUUUAAAUAUGACUGAAGAGCGGACGAUCGUGGUUAUCAGCUCCUCUAAAAAACUACAAUCAAUCCCAGGAUUCUUUGGGGAGGAUAUAAGCUGUGUUUUUAAAAUAUGCUUAUUCUUUAAAUGUAAUUUUAAUUGAUUGGGUUUUGUUUUAUACUUAUUUUGGAUUUUUAAUUCACAUUAACAUAGAAAAAUCAUGAAGAAUAUAACUUUAUAAAUGACAUUUAAAAUAAAUAGAUAGGGGUUAAGUCUGAUUUAAGUUUUUAUAAUGCUAAUUAUUAAAUAAUUUUGUUUUUUUGGUACAUGGUUCAAAAUCAGUUUAUAUUCUGUUCUCUUGUUUUUUCAGUUUCAUCUCUUUCAUUGUAAAUUAUGUUGUAUUGAAAAAUGUCUUUUGUAUGGAUUUUAAUAACUUUUUAUUUUUUGCAAAUGUUUCAUAAGUAGUUCCUGCAUGUUUUAAUGCAAUUUUAAGUCCUUAGUCCGUUAUCGAGGUCGUUUACUGUAUUCAUGGCCACAUUAGAAAAUGAUGAACAGUUGUCAUGAUUUAAUUUCUUUACAUGGCUGUUGCAUCAGAUCCUUUGUUCAAUACUAGAAAUAUGUAUUGUUGCACAGAUGCAUGUUCCCAACUUUGUCUUCAGCCCUCUGGUGGACAUAUCCUGACAUUACACUUCAAAGUAAUGUUCCUGAAGGGUUUUCUGCUGGUUGAUGUUAUGUGUCACUACAACCUUAUUUCUCAAAUACAAAAGACCGGCACAAUGGCAACAAUAAACAGAGUGUUCCUAUAGUCAGCAUUUCACUGUUAUGCUCUUACCAAACCACCAGGGGGCAACAUCAAAUUAAAACCAUGUCAUAUAAGGAGAA